CCACCUGAAGCACCGGCCGCACCGCCUGUGGGCCCCGGUGGUUUCUGGGAGUAGGCGACGACCCGUAGUGCGCAUGUGCAGCCCCGCGCCUCCGCUCCCAGGGACCGGAAUCCAGAGGCGACCUCGGCUAAGAGACAAGAUGGUGCCAUGCUGGGCCACAGAGCUUGCCCCAGGUCCCGAAGCAAAGUGGCAGUGCCUGGGCUAGAAGUUCAUCCCUAUCAAUUUUCACUUACGGAAUCUCAGGGCUCAGUAAAGAACGACGAUUGACGGAGUCACACAGCAACUGGUGCGACAGGGACAGGUUUCCGGAAUUCCAGUGUCUUAAUACCAAGCCCUUGUAGCAUUUCUCAGAGAGAACAAAACCAUUGGUCUUGUGUGCUCAGAAGAAAGCUUAGUGGUCAUAAAAUCCAAUACAUACAAAACUUGCAGAUCAACGCACCAAGACCCUGGAGGAAGUGACGGCGGUAACUUGUCCAAAUCUCCAGAGAAAAGGCGACUUGCGGCACCGGCCGGGUGACGGAAGCACCCUGGACCCUGGACUUGACAGACGCAGAAUGAGGACCGAGCCGCCGCAAUGCGCGUGUGCAACUCUGUCCUGGCCUUAUGGCAUCUCCACCAAUCGGAAUCCUGCUUUUUGCCUGGCCCCGCCUUAUUCCCAGACUUCCGGUGUCUCGCUGGCUCCAAAAGAACGUUCAAAGUGGAGGACUCGGCGACUUCCAGAGACUUCUGGGUAUUGUAGUCUCAAAGGUGUAGAGCAACAGGAGGAGCACGUUUGAGUAAAAAGAAACUUGGAAUACAAAUGCCUAAACCAGUGAUGAUUUGGCGGGUUGGAAACACUGGUUAGAUGCUUUCACCCGCUGUUAUUUGUGGGGAAAGCAGGAAGGGAGGAGAAGGAAGGCGGCCGCAGAGGCUUCUGGGAGUUCUGCUUCAGCCGACUGAGCAAGGGCUGGGAGCUGCGACUCCCGCCCCGGAUCCGGAAGUGGUCGCCGAGGCCUCCUGGCAGCCAAUGUGAAUGCGAGAAGUCCCUGAUCCAGGCGUCCCGCUCUCCCCGGCCCCGCUCUCCAGGUCCUACCACGAUGACUGACUCGUUUGCGGCCUUGGGACCGGUUGUAGGGCGCUUGACCGUCACUAGUAGACGUUUCUGAUUGUGUCGCGGUCACCAUGACUUCUGAACAAACAGUGACUCCAUUGCUGAGGAAGGCCAGGGGAAGCCUGUGUGGAAGGAGAGAACCCAGGACUUACAUCCACAUAUCUGCAUACCUAUCCUGUAUAGGCAGGUGCCAGUUAGAUACCAGCCACGGGAAGAGCUUUCUCAGAGACCGAGCACAACAUUCUCCACUAGAUAUGGCUGCAAACUGUGCACCCUCAUGGGGUCAGGGAGAAGCCUGCGACAGCCGUGGGCUGCAGCUGCCACGGUUGGUGGCAUCCUCAGAAACUCCACUCGGAAAUCAUGACCGGGACCCUGAGACUUGUCACAUGAACUUCAGGAUGUUCAGCUGCCCGGAGCAGUCGGACCCCAUCCAGGCUCUGAGGAGACUCACUGAGCUGUGCCACCUGUGGCUGAGGCCCGAUCUCCACACCAAAGAGCAGAUCCUGGACAUGCUGGUGAUGGAGCAGUUCAUGAUCUCCAUGCCACAGGAGCUCCAGGUCUUAGUCAUGAUGAACGGGGUGCGGAGCUGCAAAGAGCUGGAGGACCUGCUGCGGAAUAACAGAAGACCCAAGAAAUGGUCUGUGGUCACCUUUCAGGGAAAGGAAUAUAUCGUGCAGGACUCAGAUGCUGAGAUGGCUGAAGCCCCCGCCAGUGUCAGGGAUGAUCUGAGAGACGUGCCCAGCCAGCGGGCCUCCUCUGUGAAUGACGUGCACUCGGGGGAAGGCCAGGCCAGCCGAGAGCUGCAGACCCUGCCCUGGGUCCCUGCACUGUCCAGGGGGCAGGGAGAGGACUUCCUGCUACAAAAGAGUAUUGUCAUGAAAGGUGACCCAAAGGUUCUGAGACCCAAGCAGAACGUGGAGAAGGAUCUGAAGGAAAACAGCAAAGAGAACCCAGGACUCACAUCUCCAGAGCCUCAGCUUCCACAGGGUCCCACAGAUCUGGUGAGGGCAAAGGAUGGGAAGGAACUGCAAAAAAGAGCCUCUGUGGAGAAUGUGGAUGCUGACACAGCUUCUGCCUGCGCGGUGGACACAGAAGCUUCGACUCACAGUGAGGACAGAGAGUCUCUGAAUCCGAGAGGUCCCAAAAGAAGCAAACCAGACGCCACCUCCAUUUCCCAAGAAGAGCUGCAAGGAGGAGACACACCUGUGGGCAACAGAGAAUCCCCGGGACCAGCUGGGAUGAAUCCAGUUCAUUCCCCAGGCCCUGCGGACGCAGGCAGUCACCCCGCUGGCCAAGAAGCCGUGGCACUGCCACCCUUUGCAUGUGACGUGUGCAGUAAAAGCUUUACAUGCAAUUCCAAGCUGGUCAUCCACAAGAGAUCACACACCGGAGAGAGACUCUUUCAAUGUAAUCUCUGUGGCAAGCGCUUCAUGCAGCUCAUCAGCCUCCAGUUUCACCAGCGAACUCACACCGGCGAGAGGCCCUACACGUGUGACGUCUGCCAGAAGCGGUUCACGCAGAAGUCCUACUUGAAGUGUCACCAGAGAAGCCACACAGGGGAGAAGCCCUACGAAUGUAAAGUCUGCAAGAAAGUUUUCACCUACAGAGGGAGCCUGAAGGAGCACCAGCGAGUCCACUCCGGAGAGAAGCCCUAUAAAUGCUCCAAGUGUCCGAGAGCCUUCAGCCGGCUGAAAUUGUUAAGACGCCACCAGAAGACACAUCCAGAAACCACUUCGCAGUGAUCUCGUAGUCAGGUCUGUGUCUUCUGCACCAAGAAGGAGUGAAUGAUGCUUUUUCUCCAGUGUUGUCAGAUGACACAUGACGGGACAAGGGUGCCUGACACACAGAGAGGGUGCCCUAGAUAGGAAAUCCCAGGGUGUCUGAGUAAAUACGUGUCCUCCCCACUGAGUUUUGUUUUCUGUUUCAUUAUGUCUGUUGUUUUCUUAUAGGUUUAUUCUGCUUUGUAUUGCUGUUCUUUCAAUAAAUGAUUGUCUUACUAGUUUUCAA